AUGUAUUCAGUCAUUGGAUAAAAGGGUUCUGUAUUCAAGAUGUUUGUAUAUUGCCUUGCAUGAAUUACGCCCGACUGCUUCCACAUGAACCUGGUCCUGUGGACUAGCUGGGUCUUCUUCACCUUGCUUCUCAUAACGGCACAUGACGCGGCAGCUUCUAGUACGGAACGGGAGCGUGAAAAGAGUAGUGGCGAUAGGAAGCAGCUCAUGGACGGCAGGUCUGACCGUGAGUCUGACACCUUCAGCCUAUGCCAGCAACUCAAUCGUUUGCUGUCAAACGUGACGGGCGCUGAGCCUAUUGUCUUGAAACUUAACCGUCACCUCCAGUUGGAGCAGUACCAUCAACGUCAACUGCUGGAACUGCAGCUGGAGGCCGCACUCAUACAGAAGGAAGAACAUCAAAGAGUAGAUGAUGAAACUCUGCGACAGGUCGAAUUGCAUCGCAGCAAAGUAAGGUUCCAUGAGUCCGCCCGACAUGCUAUUGCUGCGCAGCUUCAACAGAAGGUUAACGCUCGCGCCGUGGAUGCAUCAGCACAUUACGAUGCAACUUGGAGUCAGGCUGUGGACCUCCUCUUUCUCCAGCACUGUUUGCUCCUCCCACAUCCCAAGCUCGGCCCCAACACAAGGCCCGACAAACACCACCUAGAAACGCAUUCUUCCCUUCCGAGCCAUGGCCAGGCUCAAUGGUAUAAUCAUCGCCUUCAUGGCCGGUCCCAGUCCGCUGCACAGCCUCCUGAGCUCAGCCGUCCUCUGGUCUCCUUGCUAGUCCAGUACUUCAACCGGCCUUGGAUGCUCCCACUGCUUGUCGAGCCCUUUCGAAGCUGCUCUGCAGCCCACAGUAAUACUUUUCUAGGCGACGAUACCACCAGCGAUACUACUGCUAGUACAGGCAAAAGCAAUCGCAGCAGCAACAGCAGCGACAGAAGCAGUAGCAGCAAUACGCGGGGAGGCAGCAGUAGCAGCCUUGGUUUCGGAAUUGAAAUGCUCAUCAAUGUUGACAGUCGGAUCGAUGCGGCGGCAGUUGCGGAGUUUGCGUCUGGACCUCUGGGAUCCGACUUUGUCGUACUGGUGUUCAGCAAUAAUGUUCAUGAGAUCCGGUCGUACAACCGCCUUGCGCAGAUGGCACGUGGGAAGAUCUUAAUCAUGAUGCAGGAUGAUGACGUGUUCCCAGCGGAAACGGCAUGCGCAUGGCUGGAGUCCGUGGUUCGUGCGUUCCGGCGGUGGCCGCGUCUUGGGGCUGUGGGCUCCCAGCGCUACGUGUUCGACUACCACCCAAACACCACCGACACUGGGGUGCACUUCUGGGACCCGGGAGCUCCUGGCGCCAGGAAACCGGGUGGCAGCACAGGCGACAGCGAAGGGAUUGAGGACGCAGCCAGCGCGGCGAUUGAUGAUACCAAUGCCGAUGCGGACAACGAGGAUGUGGAAGGGGAAGGGAAAGAGGCGCCUGCAAUGGUCGAGGAAGCGAGUAACGACGGGCGGUUGCGGAUGCAGUUCGUAACCAUUGUCGACUACGCGCCCAUCGCGGUACGCCGCGGCGCCUUUUUGGGUGUGGGCGGCAUCGACGAGGGCAUGAGUGACGCCGGCAUGUGCGGAGUGCACAGCGACUAUGACUUGACACUGCGCAUGUGGCUGUCUGGGUGGCAGGUGGCCUACAUUGAGGUGCCGGGCCUGGACAAGGACCCCCGGGAGGGCGAGGGCGGCACGCACCGGCCGGGGGUGUCUGGGUACUGUUGGGAGCGGCAGUGGGAGCUGGCAAUCGGGUACAUGCGCGAGCGCUGGGGUCAGUACAACCGCUGGAAUCCAGAUUCGUACUACUGGUUCGGCAGCAAUGUUUUCGAGGUUGUGGCGGAGCAUGUACGACUCCUCAACCUGAGGCUGCUGGCACCGCUGGCAGAGCCGCCUGGCAGCUUCUGUCCCUUUGGUUACGGAUGCGAGGACACGCCGGUGGAUCGGAUCACAGGCG